CGCUCCUCCUUGUAUAUAUAAAACGAGUUUUAUCAUUUGUUCGAUCUUUGUUUAAGUCAGUACAAAAAGACUUCCCUCAUGUAACCCACCGUUUUGUGUUUCCUUUCCUUCCUUUUUAUAAAAUUCAAAGCAUUUUCAGUGUGCUCUUCUGUGUUGUUUUCUUCUCUAAGGUGUCUCUGCUGCUUCUUACAACAAAACUCAUGGCUGCAAUUCAAAAACAAGAAGUUGAAGAAGAUGAAGAUACAAGAGCGGUUGAUCUCAGCAUCAACGGCGGUGGAGACGCUGCUGCAGCAGCGUCAAAGAAUCCCAAAGAGGAGCCCGACACAGAGGCAGCUAUAGGUGUGAUGCCCAUGGCGGUGCACGUGCCGUCAGCUAUUCCCAUGCCGUUAGUGACGGCGCCACCCACCGCGCCGAAACGGGCUUCCACCAAGGAUCGUCACACGAAAGUCGAGGGACGUGGUCGGAGGAUCCGAAUGCCUGCCACCUGUGCGGCUCGGAUCUUUCAGCUGACCCGAGAAUUGGGCCACAAGUCGGAUGGAGAAACUAUCCGCUGGUUAUUAGAGCACGCGGAACCAGCGAUAAUUGCGGCAACCGGAACCGGCACCGUUCCCGCCAUCGCUAUGUCGGUUAAUGGGACCCUUAAAAUCCCAACUACCUCGAACGCUAACCCCGAACCCGGUGACCCAAGUAAAAAGAAGCGCAAACGACCCGCUAAUAGCGAGUACGUUGAUAUAAACGAUGCCGUGUCAGUUUCAUCUGGUUUGGCCCCUGUAAUUACUUCUCAACGACGACAGCAGCAGCAACAACUACCACCUGUUUUGCCGCAAGGGUUGGUUCCAGUUUGGGCAAUACCAUCAAACGCCGUCGUUCCAGGGGCCUUUUUCAUGGUCCCACCUAUGGCAUCCGUGGCUGGGCCUUCCACCGAGCCUCAUAUAUUCACAUUUCCAGCCACCGCUACACCGUUAAUUAACAUUUCGGCUCGGCCCAUAUCGUCGUUUGUAUCCGCCAUGCAACAUGGUGUAAGUAUAGCAGCAACGCCAGGUCAACUUCAAAGUAACGUAGCGGUUACGAGUUCCACACUUCCAGUGUCAAAGACGGUCAAAACGACGUCGGUUAUGGCACCGAGUUCGAGUUCUGCUGCUACUAUUACAAGUAGCAGUGCAAGUACUACGACGACGACGACGACUCAGAUGCUGAGAGACUUCUCGUUGGAGAUUUACGAUAAACAAGAGCUUCAGUUCAUGACUCGACCUUCAAAGCACUGAUUGAAAAACAUAGGAAGACAAGAAGGAGUUCUUGUUGUUAAUAUGUUUUGUUUGGGGUUGGUUCAUGCACUUUCAUUGGUGGCUUCGUUGUUGGUGCAUCCGCCAUGAACGAGCAAAGCUAAACGAGGUCUCUCCCAAGCGUAAAAGGGAGGAGCACGUGCUCACGUGACGGGGUUUUAAAGGUGUGCACGUGUAAUGUGGGGUCGGAUUAGGCGGAGGUAGGGUCCACAUCUGUGGUGGGUCAACACUCAACCAAAAAGCAGAAGGAGAGGCACUCCGUGGACCGUGCAAAGAGUAGGAUUUUUCCUUCUUUUCGUUUUUUCUCUUAAAUACUAAAUCUUUUUCUAAUGAGGGGCCAUGGGGCCACCGGGCCACCUCAUCCCGCUGUCAUGUGAUGUGUGGCUCGGGACCCCAUGGGGGGGAAAAGUGGACCCUACGGGACCGUUUUUGCAAUGUUCCCAAGGUCGCCGCGUGGUGGUCCCUACGGGGGUGGGGGUUGAGGGGGUUUGGUUCGGUGGUCCGAUCGAGACGUGUGGGCCAAAAGCUUAGUCAGUAUGGACUUGAGACACGUGUCUGGAACUUAGCUGUAGAUUGUAGGGACGGCCUUUUUUAUUUUCCUCUUUGACACGUGGGGCCCUUUGGUUUGUAGGGUCUACAAGAUAACGCGAUCACGAUGAAAAAAAAAUGAAUAAAUGAUGAUGAAUGAAGAUGAUUCUGGCAUCAGAUGCUCUUCCCUUCCUCGAUGUUUAUUAUUAGAAUUUGUUUUCCCUUUGAAUUGAAUUUGUAAAAUGCAAGUAAAUCGAUGAACCAUGUUAAUAGACU